UAUACUGUAAGUUCAGAUAACAAAAGUAAUAGGCAUAUUAUUUCUUUCAGAGGUGCAUUAUAACCAAUUUUAGUUUCUUUCUUUAUGCAUGAUAAUCUUUAAAAAAACAUAUUUUGUUAGUUCAACGCAGACUAUUGGCAAUGCUCGAAGUGUCCUUAAACUAUUUAACGACCCAUUACCUUCUCUCGCCCUCACAGACCGCGACAAGUGUCAGGUGAACAAUGGCGGAUGCGAACACUCCUGCAAGAACACCGUGGGCUCCUUCAUGUGUUGCUGCAGCCCGGGGUACAGACUGAGGCGUGACGGCCGCACGUGUCAAGAUGUGAAUGAGUGUGAGUUUCACAACGGCGGAUGCUCUCACGAAUGUGCCAACACUGUGGGCUCCUACCGCUGUCUCUGUGGUCCCGGGAGCCGCCUGAUGCCCGACGGACGCACCUGUGUUGCUUCGCCCUCUUGUGCCACGAGACGCAGGCCUAACAUGGCGUGUCGUCUUGCAGGUGAGGCUUCGUGUGGCGUGAGGAAUGGCGGCUGUGACCACUACUGCGACGACACCGCGGGCAGGCCAAAGUGCUCCUGCCGGCCCGGGUGAGUUGUGCAGCGAGCCGUUCAGUACUAGUGAUAGGUGAUCUUUAUGGGAAGGUCAGCGUGCUCAGACCCGUAUUCAGAAACGCUUUAUUACUCUCACCACGACCAUUUUCAA